CCUCGCAGAGAACCACGCACUCUGAAGCCCACGAAGUCACCACUCUGCCUUCCUCUCUCCAUCUCCUUCCCCUUCCCCCUUCUCGUCUGGGUCUGCCCGUCUCGCUUCCCCCACCUCCACCCCCAGAUCUCCAAGGCCAGGAGCCCCCGGGACCCUCCCGCGCCCGCAGCGAUGUCGACGAGCAGCACACCCGUGGACGCCUCGGGGGAGCCGAUCCCGACGUCGUCGGUGUUGAUGGCGGCGUCCAAGCACAUCGCGGUCCGGUGCCGCCCCGAGAACGUGGCCUUCCUCAACUGCAAGAAGAAGGACCCCAACCCCGAUAAGUGCCUCGAGAAGGGCCGCCAGGUCACGCGCUGCGUCCUCAGCCUGUUGAAAGAACUUCACCAGAAGUGUCCCAAAGAGAUGGACGCGUAUGCUGGUUGCAUGUAUUACUACACCAAUGAAUUUGACUUCUGUCGUAAGGAGCAGCAAGCUUUUGAGGAAGCCUGCCCCAUAUCCGAGUAGAUCAUUCAGAGUUUUACUUCCAGUGAUCUUGGCGAAUAAGGAGAAAAGCCAACAAACCAAGUUCAUUAUCUCCCAUGUUUGCUGUCCUCGUGGAAUUUUUACUGAAUGAAUAGCACGACCUGGAGCUAUUCACCCCACUUGUCUUUCUCAAUAUUUUUCAAACUUGAAUUGACUCAGCCCAUCAGUCUUAGGCUCUAAAAUGAUGAUAAUGAUGAUGGUUUCACUUGUCGUGGUUCACAAAUUACA